AUGCCGAUAGAAUUAGAUUACGCCUUACCCGCUCCUCUUGGUCUUUUACCUAAUCCUAACCGAACUGUCUCUAUUCCGCCCUUCUUACCGCAAUUAAUUCCGCAUCCUUGGAGCUUCCCGGUACCGGUACCCGGGCCCUUUUUGCCCCCCGGAUCACUGUCGGCGACCCAACAGCAGUCGGCGACUCAAACACAAUCGGCGACUCAGACGCAAUCGGCGAUGGGACCAUAUCUACCUAUUGGACCGAUGAUGCCGUUUGGACCGAUGAUGCAUCUACCGAAUCAUCCAUUCCCGAUACCUUUUGCUAUGCUACCACAGCCUCCUAUGCCGCAACCUUUGUUGACCCAAGGACAUGUGCGUGGACGUGGAGGUGUCGGUCAUUCUCGACCGACCUCUCGAUCUCGACCUCGACGUCUUCCCGCUAACGUGACUAACCAAUCCCGAACUAGAUCUGUCCGAGGGCGUUCAAGUUCGCGGUCGGCUCGUUUGGUUCCCCAGCAGCCAUCAAAUAGACCACCGACACCAGCUGCCUCUGAAGGGUCUCCCCCAAAGACUCCAACGAUUGCGACUUCUCAAGCACCCAUGAUUCAAGAAGCACCUAAGACACCACCGGAACAACGUGAUCCUUCUCCUAACCCCUGUCCAACAUCAAGAGAUCUGGAAGUGCUAGUGAAAGCUACCGGUUCACUUACUAUUUGA